UCUUGUUAUGUCUAUGCGCGGCAGGUAGUGGCUGUUAUCCCGACCUCGACAGCCAGGUUAUAGUAGGACAUCCGCGGCGAAGGAGCUAUUAUGGAGAGAGAAAUUCAAUAUCUAACAUAGAGUUAUUGCUGCCACUAAUGGUCAGGGAUCAUGAGAAACAGCAAAAGAGAGAAAUCCACUACCCAAACGUAGAUGGGAAAGAUUUCCACCUAGAUUAUAAUAGACACAAACCUUCUGACUACAUCACAAAUAAUUUAGCCAUCUCACACGAUUCUUUAGAAGACAAAUCUGUGUAUGUCAGAGACGAUAAACAAAUCAAAAGUGUAAAGAAAGAAUUAAAAAACGAAGAUACUGAGUAUCUAAAGGAUAUAUAUUAUCAAAAAGAAGUAGCACCAAAAGCAGUACCAUUUAAACUGCUCAAAGUUUGCGAUAGGUUGCUAAAACAAACACAACUUAAGUCUAAUGAUAUUAAAAUUGAAGUUGCAAUACACUACUGCAGAGAGUUACUUGACACUUUAUUUGAAAAAGAUACCCCGACAGAAAUAUCUACAGAAAAUAAAGAUAAAGUAAUUGAUUUUAAAACGAAUAGCAAUGAAGACUCUGGUAAUGAAUGUAGUCAUUGUUUACGAUAUAUAUUUGGUAGUAUCAAAGGUAUGAAAGAUGAAGAUCGCGUUUUAAAUAAAAAGAGACCUUUGAGCCAUUUGCCUCCAGGACCUAAUGGUUGGUUUGGACCUUACAACGGAAGGAGAGAUUGGAUGGUGUUAAAUGAAAACUAUCCUGGAAUGUUAAGAAGUUACUUAAACAGAUUCAAGAAGAAAAUAUUCAAUUGAUUUUUUUUUCAGCGGCAAA